AUGGGGCGCUGCCAUGGCGGACCGUUUAUUUCCCCUCCAUCCUCAUUGGUCACCGCACAUGGCGACAUGGGCAGCUCUUUGGAAGGGCAGGUGACCGUAAGAAACAGACAAAUGAACAAACAACAAAAAAACAAAAAAUCGGAUAACGCUACCAAACGGACAGACAAACAGACGGACAAACGGACUGACACAAAGACAAAACGAACCGACAGUCGGACAGACAAGCGGACGGACUCAAUGACAAAACGGACAGACAAACGAACGGACACGAUCGAGCUGAGGAAGUUGGGAACUCCCUCAGAGGACGAGCUCUUGGCUUCUAGUCAAGAGACAGUUGAUGACAAAGCUGUGGGCCACAGCACGCCAUCAACUAUAAAUCAACCGAUCACAUCCGCUGAUGCCAAGGGGCAAAAGCGUCAAUACCCAAAAAAAGGCCCGUCUAGAUAUAAGCUUUACCAGCGGUCUCUAGCUAUUCUCGGCAGAAUAAGCAAAAAUGAGGCCGAAGGUAAAACUCAUCCCAAAGAUGCGGCCGAUAAGGCAAGGUGCCAAAAGGUGGUCGAUGAGUACCUGGCGUUCCAGGCCACCCAGAAGGCAGAAGCCGUAAAACGCAAUCGUUCGCAGGACGAGGGCUGUAAAACUGCGAAAAAGCACAAGACGUCUCACACUGCUCUGACGCCCAAACCAGCCAAACGCGCGUUUAACGAGGUGGCACGGGAUCAGCUGCAAACGGCGUUGGUGGACGAGUUAACAAACCGCGGCAAACCUGCGUUAGAAAGGUGGUCCGAAAUCGAGGCACGGCUGUCUCGCAUUGUCGUUGAUCACGUCAUGGCAAGCCCGGAGGGUCAAGUGCCAGGUUAUGAUUCAAUGGAGGUGGUCCGUGGAUACAGGGUGAUCAAAUGCGACGAUCAGUUCUCUGUUGAUCUCCUUCAAAACGCUAUUAGCAAAAUCCAGAGCGACUGGGAAGGUUUGAGGCUCAAACUAAUCCCAGCCAGCGAGAUCCCAAGAUGA